AUGGUGCUUCGGAUGAUCCUAAACCCCUCCUGUGUGGAUCAACUGUUCCUCGCCUCAAGAGUUAUCUCAAUAACUCAGAAUUACGUCGGAUUGACCUUUUCCAAGAUCAAAAUCGAAAGUUUCCGGACGAACAAAGAUCCGCAGAGCCUCUCCCCCGAUGAGAAACUUCUCAGACAUAGUGGCGCAAGUCCAGACGCCUUCAGCCCUCGCCGGAAGGUCAUUUCUCCCCCACAUCAGUCGAACCUUCCACCAGCGCGACGAAAUAUCUCUGCAAAUCGUAGUGGAGGUGGCGAUUAUGUUGGCACCAUAUGGACCGUGGGUGGACUUGCUCCAAUCAGCACUGGGGUCCCAAGCGGUCGCGGUGGGCUCUUGGUAAGUGGAACAAAUGCACCUCUCUAUACCACAUCAUUCUCAGCCGCACUCCCGAACGCGAAAGAAGAAAUGGAGAAGCAUGAAGGUCGGUUAGCACAGGCUCUUGAUUUGGACCGUGUAACCAGGGUCUUGGAAUUCCGCGACCCUUUAGCCUCUCCUCUAAAACCAAUUACUAUUAGCAGACAUAACGGUACGGACCUGGAAUCGAAAACAGUUUGGAAAGGCACAGAAUGGGUCCUAGGAGGCCCCGAACAUAUUCUCGAUGCUCCUGGUCUCCGCGAUGACUUUUACUGCUCUGUGCUAGCAUAUUCAGCUACAUGUCACACACUUGCUGUCGGACUUGGGCCUGUCCUUUAUUCGUGGUCAGAUAGGCAGGGUGUUCACCUUCUGAAUGGGGGAAAUCCCAACGGAUCUCACUUGACCUCGCUUGCAUUUUCUUCGACUCAAGGUUGCAAAUCUGUUCUUGCAUUCGGUCGAUCUGAUGGGUCCCUCAACCUGAUGUCACUUUAUGAUAGCAUGCUACCUCGUUUUGAGAUCCAACAGCCCUACCCAAUUGCGUGCAUUACCUGGAAACCCACUGUUACAAUACGGCCAUCGAUAAAUCCAUUUAAUCCUGGCGUGCUCGUCAAAACCGAAGAUCUACUCGUUGGAGACGAAAUCGGAAACGUGUACUACUAUUCGGUUGAAUGGCCAGAUGCCUGGGAAGUCUCCCGCGAUGGCUGGUCAGGAUCAGCGAUUCUACUCGCGCGAAUCUCAGUUCAUACGCAACAGAUAUGCGGUCUUUCAUUCUCCGGUGACGGCGCAAUGUUUGUGACGGGUGGUAAUGAUAAUCUUUGCUGUUUAUUCCAAACUCAUUUUGUGCUCCAGGGUACAAAAGGCAAUCCCCAGGAUGAUGAGGAGAUUUUGAUGGGUGCUGAUGGAAUGCGACGUGUCCAGACAAUUGGAGGUCGAGGCCAUGUCAAAGAGGUCAGAGUUGGAUCCGAAAAACAUCGAUGGAUUCACGGCGCUGCCGUCAAAGCUAUGGCUUUCUGCCCAUGGCGGGAUGGCCUCGUCGCUACCGGGGGUGGAAGUAAUGACCAAUGCAUUCAUUUCUUCCAUACAACAUCAGGGGCCUGUCUUGCCACAAUCAACGUGGCAGCUCAAGUCACCUCAUUAAUAUGGUCUACCACUCGCAGAGAAAUUGCAGCUACAUUCGGAUAUGCCCUGCCAGAGCACCCAUAUCGAAUCGCUGUUUUCUCAUGGCCGGAGUGCAAACAGGUUGCAGCUAUACCAUGGAGUGGAGAGCAUCGUGCUCUCUAUGCGAUUCCAUAUCCUGGUGGGCCGAACGAGAGUCAAACAAGCAGAGAUGGUGUUCGUGGGUUGAGUCGGACUGCACAAGAGGGUUGCAUUGUGAUAGCUUCCAGCGACGGGAGCGUGAAAUUUCAUGAGGUCUGGACUGCGAGUCAGAAGGCUACGGCAGGAGGUAGAGGCUUGCUGGGUGGAAGCGAUAUCCUUGAAGCCCUGGAAGGCAUCGAGAAGGAAGGCGAGAUCAUUCGCUAGGUUUUGAAGUGUUGCUGGUGUUAUUAGGUCGGGAGGCUCGCGUUCGGUUCUGGGGGGAAUGGAUGUAAUUCAUACGGAGUAGGAAGGGUGUCUUGGGCAACAGACUGGCUUAGGGAAGGACCUGCUGUUCUAUUAUACAUUCAUUGACCUCAAAAAGCGAUAGCGAUAGCGUUUGAACCCAC